AUGGACAUUGCUCAUCCGUCUGUUGGGUGGGAGAGCGUGGGCGAUAAGUGGUUUCGCAAGACGCAGCUCUACACCGAGGUGUUUGACCAGGAUCUCGACCUCGACAACCAUAUUGUUGCUGGGGCACCCAACGGCGGUGCUUUAGCCAUCUAUCGUGAUGACACAAAAAUCCAAGCGUACAGAGCGCAGAAGUCUGCUAAGCCGAGUAUCGAUAUUUACAGCUAUGCCGGCAAAAAGUUACGCAGUAUUGCCUGGGAUAAAGGAUCCAUCAAGGGCAUAGGUUGGUCUGAAGAUGAAAGCCUCCUCAUCGUGACGGCCGAUGGUACCGUCAGGGUGUAUGAUCUUCAGGGCGAGUUCACACAGUUCUCCCUGGGGAAUGGUGCUGAUAAUUACGGUGUCACUUCAUGCAGGUUCUACGAUCAUGGCAUGGUGGCUCUGCUCACCAACAAUGCCCUCAUUUCUGUCACAUCAUAUUCGGAGCCACGGCCGAAGCUGCUUGCUUCACCGCCAGAGGGCGAGAUCCACGGCUGGGCCAUCAUGACUCCUGCCCAUACACUUUCACGGUCCAUCGAGGUGCUGCUCAGCAUUGGCCAGACCCUGUAUGUUGCCGACGCCACGGAAUGCGAGGAUCGUUUUCUCGAUAUAGGCCCCUUCAGCCACGUCAGUGUAUCCCCGGAUGGUGGCCUUAUCGCUCUCUAUACAGAGAGCGGCAUCGCCCACGUAAUUUCAAGCGACUUUCAGGAAAGACUCGUGGAAUACAGCAGCCACUCAAAGAUACCACCGAAGUAUGUCGAGUGGUGCGGCGCCGAUGCCCUCAUCGCUUGGGAGGACGAAGUGCAUUUGAUCGGGCCUGACAAUGCAUCCGCCACCUUCUUCUACGAUGGUCGUGUUCAUGCCAUCUCAGAACACGACGGCGCGAUCCUGUUCACAAACGACGUUUGUGAUUUUGUCGAACGUGUACCACGCAGCACAGAGCAAGUCUUUGGCGCGAGAACAGAGUCAUCCGCCGCAUCGAUACUCCUGGAUGCUGUUGGCCAGCUGGAGAUCCAAUCUCCCAAGGCAGACGACUACAUCCAGCUCAUCAGACCAAAUCUGACAGAGGCAGUCGACACGUGCGUGAAUGCAGCCGGUCGCGAGUUUAGCGUGCACUGGCAGAAGCAGCUGCUCAAGGCUGCAUCCUUCGGCAAGUCGGUGCUCGACAUUUACAACAGUGAUGACUUCGUCGACAUGUCGGACUUCCCCUCUCUUUUGAGCAGUAUCAGCGGCUCACACCGGAGGGUCUCAUCAACAGACUGCUCAGUCGUCACGAGUACCUUCUCGCCUUGA